AUGACGCUAGGAUACACCGCGCCGGCGAGAGGCAUCCAGGCCCCAGACGUUAUUCUACCGUUCUAUUCGCCUAGCGAUCUGGAGGCAGAAUUCUGGGAUCAGCCCAUCUAUCCUGCUGCGGCAGAGGAAGAACCUACUGAGAUUUGGGGAGAGCUCGAUUGCGUGCUCCCUUCACCUAUCCUUGAAUACACACCCAUGAGCAACAAGCGGGCCACUGCUCUAUCGCUGACUCUCAACGAUGACCGCGCAAGGCUCAUACUGCACAUGAACUGGAAGGCCCAAUCCGUACCUGUGCUUGUCAGCGGCCUGCCGCACAAGUCUCGCAUCGCACCCAACGACAAGACGGACUGGAAGAGCCUGCCGAAGCCGCCAGUAGAAAAGAUUCGCCAGUGCAGCCCCUACUGGCACAUUACGCAAGGAAAGUACCAAACGCCGACCUUUAUGGUCCACGGUAAUGCGGACGAUUGGAUUCCAUACCAGAUGACAGAGCGAACGAUUGAGGCUCUGCGCCGGCGUGGUGUUGCAGCGGAUAUUCGCAUCCCCGACCAGUGCGGCCAUGCCUUUGACUUAUUUCCCAAGGAAGAUAAAUUGGGUGUUGGUUGGGCUGCUAUCGAGGAGGCAUAUGACUUUGCAGACGCCGAGAUUGCCAAGUAG